AUGCACUUUCACAUUUAUUUUCCUUACUUUAACAACCAACAUGACUUUGUUUCAUCAAAAUCAAAUCCAAAUAUGUUCCCAAACUUAGAUCUCAUUCUCUUAGCUCUUCUUCAUGCCUCAUUCGUUUUCUUUCUUCUUCUCAUAGUUAUCAUCUUCCUCUUUUUCUUUCUCUUAUUUGUAUUCUCCCUAGCACUCUUAUCAAUUUUUCUAAUAGAUUUGCAUCAUUAUUUCUAUGUUCUUUAUGAGUAUUUUGAAAUUGUAAAAGGUGAUAUUGAAUUGGGUUUAGUUCUUAUUCUAAUUAGCCUCAUUCAUCGUGGUGUUGAGUUUUUCUUGGUUUCAAAACCAAUCCAUAAACGCAAGUUUGAUAGAUUUGAAGUGAAGGCACAACAAUAUUCCACAAGUCACAAUCAUAUCUUGAAGAUUAUACAAUAG